CCGGCCCAUAUGAAGGCCUCGGCCCUCCAACCCACAACUCGUUGGCCCCACCUGUCCGAGACAGACCACGCACGCUUCUGCAAGGGGAGGAGCCACCUGGGCCGUCGCUGCUCGUCCCGCACGAAUCUUACAGCCUCGUGUCGUGUCCGUCCACCCUCCUCUACUCCGCCGCCGCCACCGCGCUCUCGCUUCUCCAGCGACCACCGCAAGCAAGGAAACCUUCCUCAUGGCGGCGGCGGGCGGGGAGGGAGGAGAAGUAGACGGCAGCGGCACGGGCUCCGUUGUGCGUAUAUUCGUGGGCGGUCUGGCGGAGAGCGUGGGCGCGGCCGACCUGGAGGCCGUGUUCGCCUCGGCUGGGCGCGUCGCCGGCGUCGAGUUCGUGCGCACCAACGGCCGCAGCUUCGCCUACGUCGACUUCCACUGCCCCUCCGACAAGGCCCUCGCCAAGCUCUUCUCCACUUACAAUGGGUGUAAAUGGAAAGGAGGGAAGCUUAGGCUGGAGAAGGCUAAGGAGCACUACCUUACCCGCUUGAAGCGAGAAUGGGAGCAGGAAGCUGCGGCGGCAGCACAGGAAGCUGCGGUGAAAGAUAAUGUGGAGAAGCAGGACAAGCCGAAGCUGGAUAAGGCUGCUUUGGAUGGCUCAAAGAUUAACAUUUACUUCCCAAAACUGAGGAAGGUAAAAGCUUUGCCUUUAAAAGGCACAGGAAAGCACAAGUACAGUUUCCGCCAUAUUGAAGUUCCUUCUUAUCCAAUUCAUUUCUGUGACUGUGAGGAGCACUGUGGACCUCCUGAAGCAGCUAAUAAUGAAUAUGCUUCAGUUCUUAAUGCUGCUGCAUAUGAGAAGGAGCGCAACAUCAUGAAUUCUGUGAUGAACAAGCUUUUUGAGAAGGAAAAUGAGCAUUUUGAUUCAUCAGAAAAGGAGAAAUUUGAUGUUCAUACUGACACCAUUGAACCCUCCAAUGCUGUGAAUAACAUGCAAAUUGAAGAAACUGAAGAUGCUCCAGAUGAAGAUUUGCAAAUGGAAGAACCAGAAGAGUCUUCAGACGAGGAUUUAGAUGAUGACCUUGUAAUUAAUAUUGCUCCCCGCAAGUCCAAUGGAUCAGUAGGGCAAGCAAACAUGGAAAAGCAGGAAGUGAAAAAUGGCUCACAGUUAAGAAAGCGCCCAAGUGUUGAAGAGGCUUCUCUGCAAAAGAAGAGGCAGAGAACUGAGGGUUCGUCCGAACCUAGAAAAGGGAAACAAGAACCUGUUUUAGUUAUGUCAGACAUGAGAACCACAGGCAAGACUUUGCCUACUAAAUCAGAAGAGAGAAAAAUUCAACUGAAGUUUCCGGGUUCAACAGGAGAAGGGACAUAUGAGUUCUCUUCAAUACUCCCCAGAGACAAAAGCUCUGCAGACCCUGAAGUUGUUGAGGCUCAGACAAGUUCUGGAAGUGCACAAAAUGUGUUUGCGAAUGAACCUAAAAAGGGCUCGAUGUGGACUCAGAAAUCAGCUUGGAGAGAUCUUGUAGGGGGCACGGGAAGCGCACCUUUCAGUAUAUCACAGGUGCUGCCAAACACCUAUCCAGCACAAUCAGUACAUUCAAAUGUCACUGAAAAUGUGAGAUCUUCAGAACUCCUGGAAUCUACAAUGCAGCUCCCAUCGGACCAGAAGUCUCCGAGUUCUGUGGCAAUGCUGUCUACUGGUGCUAUAGAUGAGUCAACUGGUGGUGAGUGCAAGGACAGCAAUAAACCGCAAAAGGUGCGGGUGGUCCCAAAGAUCACCAUCAGUGAAGUCUGCCCUUUCAUGAGAAAUGCUGAGUCACAAAAGCAAUGGUCAAAGGCAAAGAAAGCUAUAUCUGGGUUCGCGAGGAAGAACAACGAGAAGAGUGGAUCCAAUGCUGGGAAGGGAAAACCACUGAAAAAAAGAUAAAGCUGUUGUUUUGUGAGCUGUAACUCGUUGAUCAACAUUUCAAUACUGUCAAAGUCAUGACCAUAGCUGUUGUGUUGUGAUAAUUCUGAAAUGGCAAGGGUGGAUUUUUGUAAGAGCAACUAAAAUUUCUGUUUGCGUAUUGUAAACAAUUGUGGUGCUCUUAAUCCAGUUUUUUAAUGAUAUGGUAAAAAAACUAAAUAUACUUCCGCCAA